GACAAGCCAUUGCUUGAUAUAGUCCAAAAGACUCUCGGAAUUGGUUUCCUCUCUCUCUAUAAAUAUAUGCGUGUGUUCGUUCUCUAUAUCGUCGUAUCUACCAUGGUAGCGGACGCUUGGUUGACUGGUAGUCCGCAGACUUUCCGUAGACAAUCUGUGCCACGGUCACUGGCGCCACCGGAUUGUCCCCCCAUACGACAACGACACUGGUCCGAGACCCCCACUACGCCAACCUUUUACAAUAUUGGCGGCGUGCGGACACGAUUCACGACACGAUCCAUUCGUCGGCGUCCACUGACUCGCUGUGACGCGAAAGAUCCGUCCCGCAAACGACGGCGAAGGUCGGAAAUCGACGACGACGACAGCCGUCGCAGUAACGACGAGGACUCGUCCGAGCGACUCGGGAGUCGAGUCAAACGCUUGUUUACACGAGAACCAGCACCGAUACCGGAACCAGUACAGCCCGAGAAGUCUUCCGGAGGACUGUUUCGUAAUUUGUUUCCCAAGAGCGGGAACGACGUGGUUGAAAAGGAAGUCGCCCGACAAAACAGCAAGCGCCAGAAAACUGCCCCAAAGAAGACAAUAAGUGUUUCCAAAAGGGUCAGUAAAAGUCAAAGCUUGACCAAAGCUUCCAACGUGCGGCAGCGGGAAUCCAAAGAAUCGCAAUCGAGUGUCGAUGGUUUCCUAGCCGGCACUGCGGGUCGAUGGCAAAGUCUCUUUAACUACACCGACACGAAGAAAGCGACACCGGGGGCGGAUGAAGAUUCAGACGACUCAAAAAAGAGCGCAAUGACUCGGAUCUUGGGCGUCUUUUCCUCUCGUAACAACACAUCGUCAUCCGACGAAAACGUUGUGGCGUUGGGAGGUAAGAACUCCACCAAUCCAUUAUCGGUUCUGCAAAACUACAUACAGUCCUUCAGUUUCGGUGGAGACGGAAGCGACGGUACCGGUGGAAAAUCGAAAGGUGCUGACGAAGAAUGGUUCGAUGUUUUUCCGAAAACCCGCAUUUCCCCUGGUGAAAUGGUACCCGUCACCGUGGCGGGCUUGGAUUUACUCGUUAUCGCGGCCGCGGACGGACGGACCUUGUACUGCCUGGCCAAUUCGUGUCCCCAUUUGGGGACGCCACUCGAGACGGGCAAACUCGUGCGAUUACCCGUGGAAGAGUCCACGACAAGUUUUAUAGAGUCGUACUCCGAAACGGAUGUUUCCAACAGUAAAGGCCCCGACAGUGGCUUUUUUACCGAACUCGAAGUCAGCUCGAUACUUCAGAAGGAUGGUUGCGAAGAUUGCAUUGUUUGCCCGUUGCACAAGACAGCAUUUGCCCUCGGGUCGGGCCAGGUCCGGGGAGAGUGGUGUCCCUAUCCUCCCAUUCUAGGCAAGAUCGUAGGGGCCGUCAAGCCCCCCACCGCGGCGGCAGUCUUUGACGUCCGAACCCGCGGCAAAAAUGUACAAGUCCGUCUCAAUACGCCGCUUCUGCAGCUCGGUCGCCCGGACCGUCAACAAUAA